AUGUCGUGGAAGCGUUCGGACAGGUUGAUGGACACGAUCAAGCACUAUAGCAACUUUCCAGCCACUGGUGUCUCCCUACGGCAGAUGGUGCAGUUUGGCGAGAAGCCAUCCACAGGAACUCUCUUCCGCGCGUCACAGUUCUUGUCUGAAGAGCUCCCCAUACGCCUAGCGCAUCGCGUGCAAGAGCUCACCGAACUUCCCGAUGGCCUCAGCGAGAUGCCUUCGAUCUGCAGAGUGCGCGACUGGUAUGCGCAGUCGUUUGAAGACCUCGUCCAACUUUCCCGACCGAACCUCUCCAGCGACAUCAAAGACCGGCUACUGCGGCCGGCGAGAUACAACGGCAAAGACAACCGCCUGAUAUCCCAGGCGACACAGAACCCUAGCGUCGCCAGGGGACAGUACCGCUCCGCGCCCGGCGCAAAUGGAAACGGGCACGGAACGGGAUACGUAAGCGGCAGGGAGACCAAAGGCUCGACAUCAAGCAGGAGAUAUUAUGCCGCAGCAGACGAUGGGCUGGAAUGGCCGCCAGAGUUAGGCGCAUACAACACAAAAUUCGCCGACACGCUGGAGAAAAUCAAACGGCGGCAUGACAGUGUUGUGACAACCGUAGCGCAGGGUGUUCUGGAGUGGAAGCGCAAGAGGCAACGCAUGCAGAUUGAUCACAAUAUCCAGGCCUUCCUCGAUCGAUUCUACAUGUCGCGCAUUGGCAUCCGCAUGCUCAUCGGUCAGCACAUUGCCCUCACCGACCAGCGCUCGCGCUCCGAUCCAAACUACGUCGGUAUCAUCUGCACCAAAACCAACGUGCGGGACCUUGCACAGGAAGCUAUUGAGAAUGCGCGGUUCGUAUGCGAGGACCACUACGGUCUGUUCGACGCACCAAAAGUACAGCUCGUAUGCGACAAGGAUAUCAGCUUCAUGUACGUGCCAGGGCAUCUAUCGCACAUGCUGUUCGAGACACUGAAGAACUCGUUGCGCGCUGUGGUAGAGAGACACGGGCAGGACAAAGACGAGUUUCCAGUGACAAAGGUCAUUGUCGCAGAGGGAAAAGAGGACAUCACCAUCAAGAUCUCCGACGAAGGAGGCGGCAUCCCCAGAUCAUCGAUCCCGCUGGUCUGGACCUACAUGUACACCACCGUGGACCAAACGCCCAGUCUCGACCCAGGGUUCAAUCAGAGCGAUUUCAAAGCCCCAAUGGCUGGCUUCGGAUACGGUCUGCCCAUCUCACGGCUCUACGCACGCUAUUUCGGCGGUGAUCUGAAGCUCAUCAGCAUGGAAGGGUACAUAGUCCACACCUCCAACCCCCCUGAAUACCACUGA